UAAUUUGGACUAUGACAACAUACAGGGUACCACAUAUCGUUUUAUUUUGUCUGUUCAGUCCAUUAGUGUACAGGAGCCGGUGCAGCCCUGAGUCAUGGUCCCGCUCUCUCAGGUUCAGUCGCGUUUCUUAAUUAGGACAUCCCGGAAGAGUCCCGAGCGCAGCGCACAGGGGCAGGGGACAGCACCGCGCCAGUGAACGGUGACCACCAAAACCACGCAGGAUUCUGGAAACAACACUAAAACAAAACACAACGCACACAGAUUGUUGCCAUGGAGGGUUUGAUAGAGCGGUUGGAGCGAGCAGUUACUCGUUUGGAGCAGCUGUCGGCCACUAUGCUGGCGUCAGGUCUGACCAACAGGGACUGUGUCAACGGCAUCAACGGAGAUAUGCUGGAGCAUGUGGAGGCCUUUGACGUGCUGCUGAGAGGUCCAGUGUCUGAGUACAUGAAACACAGUCAGGCCAUUGGAAGUGAUGUGGAGAAACAUGCGGAAAUGGUGCACAAGGCUCUACAAACGCAAAGGACGUUUCUCAAAAUGACUGCAACCCACCAGCAGCCGGCUAAGAUGGAGUUGCAUGACCUGCUCAAGCCGAUAUCUGAUCACAUCCAGGAGAUUCAACAGUUCAGGGAGCGAAACCGCGGCAGCAACUUUUUCAACCACCUCUCUGCUGUGAGCGAGAGCAUCCCCGCUCUGGGCUGGGUGGCAGUGACUCUAAAGCCUGGUCCAUAUGUGAAAGAGAUGAACGACGCUGCCACCUUUUACACCAACAGAGUCCUCAAAGACUACAAGGAAAGUGACAGACGCCACGUGGACUGGGUACGCUCUUACCUGGCGAUCUGGACUGAGAUGCAGUCUUAUAUCAAAGAGCAUCACUGCACUGGGCUGGAGUGGAGCAAAACUGGUCCGAUUGCUCCUGCAUCUCUGGUUGAGCCCUCUGCGGCCCCCAGUGCACCCUGCCCUCCCCCUCCUCCUCCUCCCGGGCCCCCACCGGUCCUCACAGACAACUCUGAGGCAGCCAGUGCACCAUCACAGCACUCUGCACUGUUCGCCCAGCUCAACCAGGGCAUGGACAUCACUAAAGGUCUGAAGCAUGUCGACAAUGACCAAAAAACGCACAAAAAUCCAGGUCUACGCUCUCAAACUGCAGCCACAACCAAAACCAAGGCUCGUGGGAAAGCAAGCCCUCCCAAAGCAAAUGCCCAGAAACGGCCCCCUCUGCUGGAGCUGGAGGGGAAGAAGUGGAGAGUGGAAAACUUUGAGCAGAAACACGACCUGAUCAUUGAUGAGACUGAAUUAAAACAUGUGGUGUAUGUUUUUGGCUGCAAUAACUCCACCCUCCAGGUUAAAGGCAAAAUUAACUCCAUUAUUGUUGACAACUGCAAGAAGCUGGGUCUGGUUUUUGAAAAUGUGGUUGGCAUUGUUGAGAUAAUUAACUGCAAAUCCAUCCAGCUACAGGUUUUGGGGACUGUGCCCACCAUCUCCAUCAAUAAAACUGAAGGUUGUCAAGUUUAUCUGAGCAAAGACUCCCUCAACUGUGACAUCGUGAGUGCCAAGAGCUCAGAGAUGAACAUCCUGAUACCAGAAGGAGAGGAUGACUAUAAAGAGUUUCCGGUGCCGGAGCAGUUUAAGACGGUGUGGGAUGGCUCCAAACUUGUGACAGAGCCCACAGAGAUUGCAGGAUAAACACAUCAUCAUCACACUGUUUCAAACUGUAUUUACUCCUUUAAUGUAAAAUGUCAAUUAGCACUUUGACCUAACAAACUAAACUAAAUAGUUAACUUACAUUUUAGUGCCAUAUCAGUAAAGGCUAAUGUGUAAGAAUAAAAAUAAGAACACCAUAUUCCCCAUCAUAAUCCUCUCUAGAUUAGUAGCCAAACAUUCAACUAAAUGAUAUGAAAGACUUAAAGGUACAUUGCAUAACAUUUCUAGUGGAGGGUUCAUCAUAAUCUUGUCAUCAUGGAAAUGUUAUUGCUUUGUCUAGAAUGUUCCACUAUAGAGAUUAAACUUAUCUAUCUCAAGGGACACAGCUAUAAGCUACAUUACAGGUUAGAUCUGUGGAGAGGCAACGCUGUUCACACAGAGAACUAUUGUAUUUUUGAGCAACAGAAACACGUAAAAACUCGUAAUAAAAGCUAGAUAGAUGUUGUUGCAUUGCAGGCAAAGCAAUAACAUCUUCAUGGAAACAUGUAUGUGAUGUACCCUCCACCAGAAAAGUUGCACAAGGCAUCUUUAAAGACCAGUUAAAAAAAAAAAAAGCAUGUACUCUAUGGUAUAUUAAGACUAGUUAAAUAAAAAAAAAAAAAACAUGUACUCUAUGCUAUAUUAUAUUCUCAUGGCUAUGCCUAAAUUUAUCAUUACUACAGAUUAUCAUUGUGCUUAAAGAAAAUUUUGUUUUUAGUUUUUUUAUUAGUGCUUUGGCAUUAUAUAUGUUCAAGAUAAUGAAAACCUCUUAACUUGUUAAAAGCAUUUUAUUUUACAUGGAUACCAUUUGUGAUUGUUUAUUUUACAAAUAAAAAUGAAAGCCCA